AUGAGACUCGUCUUCGCCUACUUCCUGUUUCUCAUCUCCCUAGUCGCGGGUAACUCGGCGACGUGUGGCAAAACCCAGUACAGCUCAGAUGCUUUGAACAAGGCUGCCGACGCCGCAUGUGCGCUGUUAAAGAAAGGCACCACAGUCGGGCGGAACAAUUAUCCCCAUGAAUAUAAGAACUUUGAGAAAAUUAAGCUUACUGGCAGCGCGCCGUGGUACGAGUUCCCUGUACUUUCCAACGGUCAGGUAUACAAUGGUGCCGCCCCUGGUCCAGAUCGGGUCAUUAUUACCAAGGACUGCAAGCAGGCCGGUGCCAUCACCCAUACCGGAGCCAGCGGAAACAAUUUCGUCACUUGCGAUGUCAAAACAUCCGGGGCUCCUGCAGCUGCCGUAAACCAGCACAUUGUUGCUUUCUGCUCUACGCUGAUGAUUUACAUGAUUUUUCCUUAA